AUGUCAGAUCUCAAAAAUGAGGAUAAUGGGGCCAUUUCGACGCUUAACGGAGAUUUCGAGAAGCUCAAAGUGGAUGAUGUGAGAGCCCGCUACGAGGAAGAACGACAAAAGCGUCUCCGCGACGACGGAAACUCCCAGUUCAUCCAAGUCGAGCAAUCAGCAAAUUGUAAGCGCUUUGCCGAUGAUCCAUGGGCGGACCCGGCAGACAUUCAGCCCCUUGAAGCCAAGUUUCCCGAUAAGCGAAGCGAAAUGCUCAUCAUCGGUGCCGGGUGGGGCGGUAUCCAGAUCGCUGUCCGCAUGAUUGAAGCUGGGAUCCCAGCGCAGGAUAUCCGGAUGAUCGAUCCAGCUGGUGGCUUUGGUGGGACCUGGUACUGGAACCGCUUUCCUGGUCUGAUGUGCGAUAUCGAGAGCUACAGUUAUCUUCCAUUUUUAGAGGAGACGGGCUAUGUGCCUAAGCAUCGAUACUCGUACGGCCAAGAGAUUCGCGAAUAUGCCAAUCUUGUUGCCCGGAAAUGGGGAUUGGUGGAUUCUGCUGUCUUCAAAACCCAGGCAAAGGAAAUUGUUUGGGAUGAUGAUGCUAAAGAUUGGGUUGUCCAACUGAUUCAGCGUCAAAAGGACCCCCAGGAGACGGAAUCUGUUGAGAAUCUGGAAAUUCGCUCAAAGUUUGUGACCAUCUCUACUGGUCCGCUGAAUUGGCCGAAGUUGCCCAAUAUCCCGGGUAUCCUGGAUUACAAGGGUGGUAUCUUUCACGCAGCACGUUGGGCUUACGAUGUGACUGGUGGCUCUCCAACAGAUUCAUCCCUCCUUAAUUUGAAGGACAAGAAUGUUGCGAUUGUUGGCACAGGAGGUACAUCAGUGGAAAUUGUUCCACACCUCGCAAAGUGGAGUAAGAACCUCUACGUCAUUCAACGAACACCAGCAUCAGUGGGCUUCCGUAAUCAGCGCGAGACUGAUGAAGAAUGGUUCCGCUGGCAACGCGAGCGAAUGCGGAACUUCCACCAGCAUUUCACUCUGGGAGAAAAGCCAGCUGUGAAUCUUGUUGACGACGAGUGGACUCGAGCUCCUGGCUUGGUUGGCCUGACUGGCAACGUGGAAGGACCAAAGUCACCCGAGGAGAUCCCUGCAUACCUAGCAAAGCUGGUUGAGGCAGACAUGCCGUAUCAGAAGCAGAUUCACAGUCGUAUAGAUACAGAGGUGAAAGAUCCGGUUGUGGCUGAGAAGCUUAAGCCCUGGUACCCGAUAUGGUGUAAACGACCGUUGUUCCAUGAUGACUACCUCCAGACCUUCAAUCGAGAAAACGUCACUCUCGUGGACACCGAGGGCAAGGGUAUCACAAGUAUGACCGAAGACUCGAUUGUGAUUGGCGACAAAGCCCACAAAGUCGACGUAGUCAUCUUUGCAACAGGCUACCUUGCCCCGCCCGCAGGUACCCCAGCCGAGAAAGCCAACAUGACAGUAAUUGGCCAGAACGGAGUCUCCAUGACCGAGGAAUGGCCUCGCGUUGGUCCUACUACCCUCCAUGGCGUGAUCGAUGCCAAGUUCCCGAAUCUGUUCCUUGCUGGUCCACAGCAGGCGGCCACCAGCGGCAACUACCGUUUCAACCUUGACGAAUACGCAAAGCAUAUGGCAUACAUAUUGACCGAAUCGAAGCGUAGGGCCAAUGACGCUCCCUUUGUUGUUGCACCGUCGGCAGAGGCGGCGGAGGAUUGGGCCAUGCAAGUCACCAUGCGCUCUGCGCCCAUGGCAGUGGCAAUUGGGUGUACCCCAGGAUACUUCAAUUUGGAAGGUGAGCUGGACCGUAUUCCGUCGGAGUACCAGAUGGUUCUAGCACGAUCGGGGCUUUGGGGCUCAGGAAUUGAGGACUGGAUUGGCGUGAUUGAAAGAUGGCGAGCAGAUGGCAACAUGGAGGGAAUUGUUGUCUCCCCUUAG